AAAGGGAGACCCAUUGAGGACCAGUUGUCUCAUUGAACCGUCUGUUUCAAAGAGCUCACAAAGUUUGCAGCAUCAUCUCUUUCUAAAGUCUGAGUCUUAACACUUCAGAGAAACAUGCUGACCUUCAUUUCAUUCUUCUUACUCUGCGGCUGGAUGCUGCCUGCAGACUUCAUGACGAUCCGUUUCAACUUCACUCUCCGAGAGAAAAAACAGGCCAUCCCGUUGGGUAUGGUUGAAGAUUCGGUUGAUGACAUGUACUUUGGCUGCCAGGAAAAAAUGAUGGAAAAAGUCAAGACCUACUACUUUAACAAAGAAAUUAGAAAAAGAAAAUUUGAAUUCGCCUGGAAUGAGGCAGCAGAGUGUGCUGAGAAGAAACCAAAGGAGGCUGACAAGGCUCUGACCAAAGACCACAUACAUGCAAUCUGUGUUUAUACUAAUAAUACUAUUUAUCAUAGUUUCAACACAGCAGUCAGAACAAAAGCGAGCGACUACAGCUCCUCAUUUCAGUUCCAUUCCUUACAUUUUCUUCUGACAUCUGCCAUACAGAUCUUGAAUAGCAAUUCCAAAUGUCACACAACUUACAGACGCACAGGAAAUUUGUUUUCUGGCGAUGUCGGACAAAUCAUUCGCUUUGGUUCCUUUGCCUCCAGCUCUUACUACAACAACUUAUUAAAGUUUGGUAGUGAGACCUGCUUUAAAAUCAAGACCUGUGCUGGAGCUUAUCUGCGGGACUAUUCAGUUUUUGGUGACCGAGAAGCUGAAGUGCUCAUCCCACCGUAUGAAAUGUUCAUGGUAACUAAGAAAGUUCUCGGCCCGCUUAAUUACGGGGAACUGCACGACUGUGAAGUCAUCUAUUGGCUGGAGAGUGCAGGCUUGAGAAGCAGACUGAACUGUAAAGCUGCGUUUCCAUGAGUCCUCUGUAGCCAUCUUUACUCUUUCUGACUUUGUUUUAAAGAUUUAUUUUGGGGCUUUACUUGCCUCUGUUUUAGAGAUAGGACAGUGGGCAGAGCCAGACACCAGGGAGAGAGAGAGUGGGGAACGACAUAUGGGACAGGAGCUUCAGGCGGAUGCUUCGAACCCGGACCACCCACCCUCGAAGGUCAAGCCUCCGAACAUGGGGCGCGCUCUAACCACUAGACUACCAGCAUCCCACUCUUUCUGACUUUGAUCACCAUGUUGUUGUAGACAGUCAUGACUCAGAGAGACAUUUACACAGGAUAGACUUGAUUUCUGAUAUAUUUAUGUUGAACAUGUCGCACAUUCGGCCUUUAAGGAAGUGAUUAAUCAAAAACAAAUAAAAACAGUUAUGAUAAAUGAGGUGAUUUAGAUGUAUUUUUUCACACACUUCAGACUAGCAGAGGAAUAAUACCUCUUGUGCACAUUCAAAAUGCAAAUAAAAUGGCAUCAUUUGUCACCCUUUCUGUCUCACCCCCACCCCUAAUGUCCCUGCUUCAAGGGUUGAUGUGUUGUUUAACCUUUUUGAAAUAACUACUGUUUCUUGCUACUGGUCAUUAAACUGCUUGUCGCAAAACAA